AUGACAGAAAGGAAACCAUCGGCAACGCUACCGAGACUACGAGUAUCUUCGCAUUCUUUUGCUGACUUUUCGGCGCACAAUGUAUCUAAUAUCACUCAAAGAACCGUAUCAUCAUCGACAUCAGUAAUCUCCACACCAAGCAAUAAUAUACGGCGGGUGAAGAACGAACAGCGAUUUCACGAAAAACCCAAUCACAAUCAGAAUAGUAAAAGGAACCAUCGUGCUCAAAAAUCGGAGUUCAAACACGAGCCUGCGAAAACAUCCAAAAAGCUUUUAAACUUUCAACAACUGAAGAAGUCUCAAGCUUCAUCGCAGCCUUUCAUUCUCCACAAACCCGCCGAUUUAUCUCACUUUGACUAUCUGAUAUAUACAAGAAAGCCCAAUCCGGUCAACGAGAUACCGGCAAUCGCAAUUCAGUCUCUGCUGCUGCCCACAACACUCGCUGAACCGCCAAAACAAUUGCACGCUCCUGUAAGACAAUCGCAAAUCAAGGCAUGGGAAUCUGCAGAGAAUAUAACUUCCAAUAGAAUUUUCGACUAUACAAAGCCAGGAGAAGAGUCCUGGAUUGAUGAAGACACCUACGAGUAUGGCAUUGAAGAAGAAGUGAGCAUUGAUCGUGGUACUGAGGAGUGGGCUGAGCCCGCAGCCACAGACGGCAUUCUUGUUCUGGUACCAGAACUCUCCAGAUCAGAAUUGGCUAUCGUAAGCGAUAUUCACACUCACGUACAGCAGGCCGAUGUGAUUCCAGAACUCGAUGAUCUCGACAAUGACGAAAAGAGUCUUCUUUGGGCUCAUGCCAGACAACAAUCAGAGGAGUACGAGAAAUUGUAUCAGUCUAACCAUACCAUGGCAGGAAAAAGAAGAGUUCAGGUGAUGCAAAAGAGGGCCUUUCUUCAGAAGCUCUUUGGGCACUUGAAUAACGUGAACGUGGAAUUCACAACAAACAACUCGUCGUACUCGUGCGUAGACGGUUCAAUGAGCGCACAAAAGGUGUUCCAUGAAGACAAGGAGGAAAUUUGCGAGCUCCUAGAGCAGCAGCAAAGCUUCCAGAGUGCACUUGAGGAAGUGAGAGAACGUUUGCUCCCGUCUGGUACGAUCAAACAAACUGCAUCGGGCAUCCCCUUAGCUUACCUGGAAGUCGACCAGCUCAAACUUAUGGAUGUUACUUCGAAAUGGCUAGGCUCUAUCUAUGAGCGUGAAACAAACGAGAUGCUGGUGGAUGAAGACGAUGAUGAUCCAAACAUUGUCGAAGCUGCCAUGAUACAUCUUAAACUGUGUGUACAAGCCGAAACCGACGAGACCAUGGGUGAAUGA